AUGUGUUUUCUGCUCGAGCACAAGACGGAUCUUGGGUCUGAAUAUAUUUUGUUUGACUGUGGUUCUCGAAAGGACUUUUGGAAUGGCUCACCUCAGACCAACAAGAUGAUUGCCAGUAACCUCGUGGGGAUGCAGGUCGACUACGGUGUGGACGAGAUCUUAACCAGUUCAGGUUUUGAUCUAGAGAAUCUUAAGUCCAUCGUCUGGAGUCACUGGCAUUGGGACCAUAUUGGAGAUGGAUCCAAGUUCCCGGCCUCGGUCGACAUUGUCGUCGGGCCAGGGUUCACAGCCGAAUUUGCCCCAGGCUGGCCGGAAAGGCUAAACAGCCCAGUACUGGCGAGUGAUCUCAGAGGUCAUCGAAUCCACGAGCCCGAGUUCGACACGUCGGUUGCCGGUUUCGCUGCUCAUGAUUAUCUCGGAGACGGUUCUUUCUACCUCUUAGAUGUUCCCGGGCAUGCUCUUGGACACAUUUGCGGACUCGCAAGAACGACACCAGAUACCUUCAUUUUCAUGGGUGCCGACGCUUGCCACUUUGCUGGAGCAUUCCGACCAACACCCUAUCUGCCGUUGCCUACAACACACCAUCCCGCCGCUGGGACUCUUUCUGAGGAGGACGCCGACGCCUCUCGCACCAGUCCAUUUUACAAGGUAUCUAGAGUUCCUGGGACUGUUUACAUACACGGUGACGCCGCACAGGCUAGCAUCGACAAGUUACGAAUCUUGGACGCCCACCCAGGAGUCUUUAUCUGCCUCGCCCACGAUGCCGCCUUGUUUGAAACGCUGCCUGUAUACAACAUCGACCCAGAUCAAGACAUCAAUGACUGGAAGAAAGCCGGAUACAAGGAGAGAUUGAGGCGUGAUGACAAGGUUAUUGUGUGGGAUGAAGGCAAAGGGUUCGUUGAUGAGACCAAAAGUCUACCAGGUGUUUUAUAG